CACACAAAUCAUGACAGAACAUUUUAAUAUUUGAAGAUAGAUAUGGAAUUCCCCUUAAAGGAUAUUAGAAGAAUGAUGAGUGGUGGUGAUGGGACUAAGUGCAACAAGGGAUUCUCCAGCAGCUACAUGCUUGUGAACCCCCAAGAAGCGAAGAUCUUGGAACUUGGAGGCCUCCUGUUUUCAAAGAAUCUAAUCAAAAAAUUAAAAUUUGUAGAUUCGAGUCACCCCAAUGAAUUCAAUUUCUGGCAUAGAUUCUUCAUCUUCCUAUCCAUCAUCAUCCUAAAGAUCCUCCAAGUAUUUUCCACUCCACUCGCAUUUUUUGGCUUCUGCCUUGAGUUCUCCCUUAACCUUUUAUCCGCAAACGAGGGCCUCUUUGUCAUCUUUCUCAAUAUCUUACGACUGAAGUUGAAAAUACCGGAGAGGUCAUCAGCGGAGUACCGGUCGGUGAUUGGUCAUUUGGAUGAAAGGAUAACGUUAGACAAAAAUAUAAAGCCCGGAGAUGUAAAUUACUUCGGAGCUCUUUGCAUGAUGGCCUCUAAACUUGCUUAUGAAAAUCAGGCUCGCGUUCAAUACAUUGUCAAUAACGUUUGGGAGAUGAAGGUCUUGGGAUUUUUCAACUUUUGGAAUGAAUAUGAAGAAAAAUGCUCAACACAAGCCUUCACGAUGCGUGAUACGAAAGUUGGUCAUCAUGAUACCAUCGUCGUCUCCUUUAGAGGCACAGAACCAUUCAAUGCUGAUGACUGGUGCUCUGAUUUUGACAUCUCUUGGUACGAGAUGAAAGGCAUCGGAAAAGUUCAUGGAGGAUUUAUGAAAGCACUUGGCUUGCAAAAAUCCAUUGGAUGGCCCAAAAAAAUAGACCGACAAGAUCAAGAAAGAUCACGUCCUUUGGCAUAUUACACCCUCAGAAAAAGGCUUAAAAACCUUAUGAAAGAAGAUGAGAUGGCAAAGUUCGUAGUGACUGGGCACAGCUUGGGCGGGGCUUUGGCCAUCUUGUUUCCUUUUAUUUUGGCAUUUCACGACGAAAAACUACUACUCGAGAGAUUAGAAGGAGUGUACACAUUCGGACAACCAAGGGUUGGUGACCACAAAUUCGGAGAGUUUAUGUCAAAAACAUUCUCACAUUACAAGAUUCGUUACUACAGAUUCGUUUAUGGUUUCGACAUGGUUCCUAGACUGCCCCUUGACGACAAAGCCUUGAUGUUCAAACACUUUGGGCCCUGUAUUUAUUUCGAUCGGAACUAUGUUGCAAAGAUUCUUGAAGAAGAGCCAUUCAAAAACUAUUUCUCGUUUCUGGGAGAAGUAGCGAUGAGAAUACAAGCAUGUUUGGAGAUAGUGAGAAGCUUCACAAUUGGAUGGAGAAGGGGAAAGGAGUAUGAAGAAAGAGUGCUUUUAAGAAUUAUGAGGUUGUUCGGACUGUUAUUGCCAGGAAUUCCUGCUCACUGUCCUCAAGAUUAUGUUAAUUCAACUCGUUUGGGUUCCACACACGUCUUCUUUUCUCUGCCUAAAACAGAGUAUGAUGUCAAGAUUAAGUAGUACAGUUCAUUUUUUUUCCUUCAUUUAAAAGGAAAAGGAGAGAAUAAAAGUAAUAUGAGUUGUGUUAUAAGCCUUAGUUGGGCAUUAUUGUUAUAAUUACUUGUAACUGUGUUUUUAGAAAAUAUAUGCGGAUGUAAUAAGAAGCAGCACGUUAAUAAUGUUAGUUACUAUA